GGUCUGGAAGCGAUUUAGGGGUUGAUCGUUGCCCGGUGGGACUGCCUCUGCACUGGCUGCUGCCUGUUUCCAUCGUAACAAAAAGGAAAAUCAAGAGAGAUAAGAAGUCCCAAGUCCUCCGGAAGAGCCUCAAUCAACCGGACGGCCCAGCACUCAAAGGAAACAAAACAAAAGGGGGAAAAGAAAAGAGAAAAAACAGAAGGGGCAAAAACCCCUCAAAGGGAAAAAGAAGAGGAUAGGAAGGGAGGAGAGAUGCGAUCGUGGUUGUGGCGGUGGUGGUGGGGGAGUAGUAUCAGAAGGACGUCGUCCGAUGCGGCAAAAGAAGAGGGAAGUGAGGAGGAAAGAGGUCGUUAAUGGCCUUGCAAAUGACUUGGCAGCCGAGUCUCCUCCACCAGAAACGCAAGAAUGGUCCUCCUCUAGGGUUGAAGAAUCUCGGCAACUCCUGCUAUCUCAACAGCGUCCUACAGUGCUUGACAUACACACCUCCCCUCGCCAAUUUCUGCCUCAAUCACCUCCAUUCUUCACUCUGCGAUUCCGCUGUGGAUCGAAAACGCGAGUGCCCCUUCUGCAUACUGGAGAAGCGAAUUGUUCGGUCUUUGAGCAUGGAUCUCACCCAGGACGCUCCCUCCAAGAUCCAGAGCUGUCUCCGGAUAUUUGCAGAACACUUUCGAUUGGGGCGGCAAGAGGAUGCCCACGAGUUCUUGCGCUAUGUAAUUGACGCCUGUCACAACACUUGCCUUCGUCUCAAAAAGUUGAGGCGCAAGGGGAACAACGAUAAUGGGCCCUCUACUACUAGUGUGGUCAAGGACAUCUUUGGGGGUGCUCUGCAGAGUCAGGUCAAGUGUCUCUCUUGCGGGGCUGAGUCCAACAAGACCGAUGAGAUUAUGGAUAUAAGCCUUGAUGUCUUGCAUUUCAAUUCUCUUAAACAAGCAUUACAAAACUUUUUCCAGCCUGAGGUUUUGGACGGUAACAACAAGUACAAAUGUGACAAUUGUAAGAAAUUGGUGUCAGCAAGGAAGCAAAUGUCUAUUCUUCAAGCACCCAAUGUCCUUGUAAUCCAGCUCAAGAGAUUUGAGGGCUUAUAUGGUGGGAAGAUUGAUAAGCUGAUUGCAUUUGAAGAAGUUUUGGUGCUCUCGAGCUAUAUGAACAAAGCAAGCCAGGAUUCACAUCCCGAGUAUAACCUUUUUGCUACUAUUGUGCAUUCAGGCUACUCACCUGAGUCAGGACACUAUUAUGCAUAUAUCAAGGAUGCAAUGGGUCGCUGGUAUUGCUGCAACGAUUCUUAUGUUUCACUUUCAACCCUGCAGGGGGUUUUGUCAGAGAAGGUUUACAUUCUUUUCUUUUCUCGUACUAAUGCAAGGAUCUCACCCCCCAGCAAAGCUUUUGCGUCCCAUAAUGUGAAGAACCGAGAUUGCAAUGGCAACAAUACAUCUAAAAAUCCAAGGACAGCUCUUCCAGUGAAAACAAGGCAUACAAAACAAAAUGUCGAACAUUCCUCUGGAAUGGAUACUUCCACUAUAUCUAAGGUUGAUAAGGUGCCUUCUAGCCUACAGAUUAAAUCGAAUAGCUUUGAAAAAACUGUUUCCAAGAGGGUUCUUGCAACUGGUAAUGGAAAACUUGAUGUGCAUAAGAAUCAAAUAUUGGAAAAGAAUGGGGAUGUGGUGGAGAAAAGCGAGAAAGGUACGCCAUCUUUAGCAAACAGCAAUGGUUUUAGUAUAAAUAAAAGAGUUGAUGCUGCUGAUAGCGUGAAUGGCUUUGUAUCUGCAAAUGAAAAUGAUAAACUUCAGAAUAUUAGUGGUAAUUCGGGAAAAGUGGAUUUGUAUGAGGGUAAUGUUGUGAAAAGCAGGAUGACAGCAGAAGGAAGGUCUAACUUCCAUGAAGUGCAUAAUGGUGGUGUCAAAUGUCCCCCUGGUGUUUCAGGGGUUAAGAGAAAAUCACAGGACAAGGGUUCAUGCAUUUUACUUGCACAAGAUGCUCAUUCUCUGGCAAAAGUUGAAGAAUUCAAAGAUGGUCUCAAGAAGGAAGCUUCUUUGGUUCUGAGAUCUUGUGGUUGGACGGAUAGGCUUUAUAUUUUCAUGCAUUCAAGGAAGAGGUUAUGCGCUCAAAAAUCAGGAGACCCUCCAAGCAGCAAUGAAUCAAAGAAGUCAUUUAUUGCUGAUGCAAAACAAUCUUUCAUCUCACAAAUUCCUGAGUCACUGAAAGAGAAGCUGAUUGAACGUCUAAAAUCAUUCAGCCAGGAGAAACAAGUUUCAGGUCCUUGAACAAGAGCAUGGUACUUGUGGAAGUAACCUCUGUUAAUUUUCAGAAUUUCAAAUUUGGAACCCAAACAGUUCAGAUUAGGAAGCUAGUUUUAUAACAUUAUUAUCAUUGGUAAUUUUUGCAGACUCUUGACAUUUGUUGCUGCCAGGAGCUUGGUAUAUAAUCUGUAUUACUAGUAGAUGUUUCAGUGACGGCGAUAUCUUCCAUGGAACAGUAACUCUGGGUAUGUUAUAUCCUGUAUCUUCAAGCAAAUGCUGGCUGUGACAGGAGAUUGUUUCUGCAUCAUUUAAUCCUUUGGUAUGGUAAUAUUGCUUUACUUGUAGGUGCUUUACCAGCCAGGAAUUGAGAUCAAAAGCUGAGUCCAAAUCUUGCCAGAAAUUUUCCUUUGCAGUCGGUUUUGGCAGAGAAAAAGUCCAAAUGAAUUUUAUUCAUUUGUAUGAUAUAUCCUUUUUGGCAGUAUUUUUAGCAUUUAUCCCAAUUUUAUGAGUACAUCGCCAAAUUUUCCUGCAGAAUGUGGCCUGGUAGGAUCUCGACAGUCAUAUGCCUUCCAUAGUUUUUCCAUCUCAA